UGCCUUAGCUGUGAGACGUCCUCAAACAAGAAAUAGUGCAACAAUCCAGGUGCAACAGCUGAAUUUUCUCAUGACUUUUUGUGUUUGAGAGGUUAGAGCUGCUGAGAGAAAAGAAGAGAGACAUCACUUCAUGAUGAAGUUGCUUGGCGGUAUUACCUUAAUAUUAGCAAUAGCUGUUGCAUUUUACAUCUACAUCCCAUUGCCUAGGACCAUCUCAGAACCAUGGAAACUGAUGUUGUUGGAUGCCACAUUCCGAGGAGUUGUGAUGAUGGGAGACGUUGCUCACGCACUGGGUUUGAGCCAUAGAGUCCACGUUAUCAACUCUGCCAUUGUCAAUUUUGAGAGUCUGAUGCCGAUCACAAACCCAGAGAUCCAGAUUGAAGAUCUCCUGUUUGAUGACGUCCAUGUGCGUGUAUACCAGCCUCCUGGAAAGGACGGAGAGCUGAGGAGAGCAGUUAUGUUCAUCCAUGGAGGUGGAUGGGCCUUGUGUGCUCCAAAGUUGGGGUCAUAUGACAGUCUCUGCAGACAGAUGGCAGCUGAUCUGGGCGCAGUGGUUGUGACCGUGGAUUAUCGCAUGGCUCCUGAUGUGCACUUCCCAGUGCAGUAUGAUGAGUGUGUGAGGGCCGCUAAGCAUUUCCUGAGACCAGAAGUGCUGGAGAAGUAUUGGGUCGAUCCAGAGCGAGUAGCAGUGUGUGGAGACAGUGCUGGAGGAAACCUGGCUGCCGCAGUGGCUCAGCAUAUUGGAACAGACGAGUCUUCUACUGUGAAAUUCAAACUGCAGGUCUUGGUUUACCCAGUGCUUCAGGCACUAGACUUCAACACCGCUUCCUAUCAGCAGAACCACAAUGUUCCCAUCCUGUAUCGCAGGCUAAUGGUCCGUUUCUGGUUGGAGUACCUAGGUGCCGACCUUGACCUUGUGCCCUCCCUUAUGAUAAACAACCACACAGUCCAGGAACAAAACCUGAUGUCCUUGAUCCACUCAAAGCUGGACUGGCCCACUCUCCUCCCCAAACGAGCGAUCAAAAAUUACAAGCCUGUGUUUCCGGUGACAGGCUCUCCAGGUAUCUUAAAGGAUAUACCAGCGUUACUGGAUGCCAGAGCUGCUCCCUUACUGGCAGAGGACAAGGUUUUGCGUAUGGUGCCACGUGCUUACAUUAUGACCGGUGAGCAUGAUGUUUUGAGGGAUGAUGGGAUAAUGUAUGCACGCAGGCUGGAGCUGGCAGGGGUCUCGGUCACUAACGAACAUUACGAAGAUGGUUUUCAUGGCUGUGUGAGUGUUGCUUUCUGGCCCUGCUACUUCUCUGUGGGAAUAAGGGCAGUGCAAAAUUACAUCGCUUGGCUUGACAAACAUUUGUAGUUAUGUGUCUAUAAGAGAUUUCAUACAUUGUGAUGCAAUCUUUUGCAACACAACAGAGGAUUUAUACUGUACAUCGAGGAAAGGAAUGAAGUUUUGGAUGUUCUGCUAUUUUAAAAGAACUGUAUUAUGGAUUUCAAAUAAUGACUAACUCAUUUGUUUAUUUUUAAAACUAAUUUACUAAGAACCAAAUGAGGGGUUAGAAGAACCACAGAGGAAUUUCUCUUGAACUGAUUCUCAGUUCUGACUCCAUUAACAUACGCAAAAAAUAUGCACACAUUAUAUUCAGCAGUUAAAGAGAUUUUAAGAUUCUUGUCGAUUCAAAUUAUGCUAAAGUUGUUUUUGUGCUUGGCAAUACUAACACAUUAACAAAAAAAAAAAAAAAAAAACUCAUAUCACCAUGCAUUUCAAUUGUGUUAGACUUUCACUCCAAAGACCUGAAAUUAAUUUUAGCACAUUCCAACUGUGAAUAAAGUUGGAACAUGAAUUGAAGCUGCAAUAAAAUAAUAAUUAAAAAACUUUUUUUUAGUUAUUCUAGAAAAAAAAAAAAAAAAAAACCUUUUUUGGCAUUUAAAAUCCUCUCACACUUUUUCCACUUAAAACAGCAGCCUUUAGAUUGACUGUUUUAUGAUAAAAGUUGGAAGCAAAUAUGUUGUAGUUGUUUCUUUUGGAUAACUAAGGUCCUGAUAUAUGAUCAAAUAUCAAAAUGCAAUAGUUUGGUGCAAGAACGAUCAACUUUUCAGUAAUUGUAAGAUUAAUAGCUGUAGGCUAAUCAUUCCAAUUUACAUGAGGAAAUUGUCCUUAAAGCCAAAUAUUUGCAUUUUGAUUUGUGAAUGUGAAGUACAGCUAUUAAUAAAUUAUAACACUGUUGCCCUCUAGCGGUUAAACAUGAAUAUGAAAGGUCUUAAUCGUAUUUGCGUUGUAUUAUCCACAACACACACACACACACACACAACACAUGACGCAACACCCAGUUUUGAAAAACAAGAAAUAAAAAACUAUAAUUUAU